AUGUCACCACCGCGUGCGUCCCUUGCCGGGAGAGCAAAAUCAGGUGCGACGGAGCCACUCCCCACUGUCACAAUUGCGAAAGAAAAGGGAAAGACUGCAGGUAUCAACAUGGGGACGAUAAACGGAAUCUCGCUUCGUGCGGCCACGGAUCUCUUUUCAGCCCGGAUUGACCAGCUGUGUCAGUUCAUCUAUGACCAUGGGCUAGAGCCGCCCCCCAUGAACCCUGAUGAUGAAUCGGGUAUCAACAGGGUUUUGGACACACUACAGAUUCCUCGGGGGUUGGCGAAAAAGAGAGAUGUUGGUGCGCCUUUAGAAAAUGGCCCUGCGCAGCCGGCGCAACCUAUCCACACUCCACCACCGCUUCCUCCUGUCGAAGAGAGUUUGGGUGGCACGUCGGCUGCAGCCACUGGGGUAACAUCAUCCCAGCAAAAUGCUCCUCACGCCCAGUCAACUCUUCCUCCGGUUCCGGGAGUGCUACUCGAGCAAGGACUACAAUAUAAAGACGACGAUUCAGAUAGUGGGGAGGAAGAUGAGGCUGAGAAAGACGUGAUUGAACAGAUCUCUCACCGCAUCGGGACAUUGAAAAUCGCAGGGGAUGGCCACUUGCGAUUCUACGGAGCUACCUCCAACCUCAAUCUAGUCGAUGUUUCAGCGACCCAACAGCGCCAGCGCCCUGACGCACGUACUGUGCGUCACGAUGGUCAGGACAUUCUGAACCACCUGCGUGUUGGUCAGGCGGUGGACGAGGCCCUCGAAAACCACCUUGUGGAGCUGUACUUUACUUGGCAGAACACAAGCACUUAUGUGGUUGACAAAGAAAUGUUCAUGAUUGCGAGGGCAAAGUGGAGGAACGAGCUGGAUGACACUCCAUUCUAUUCCGAAGUCCUUACGAAUGCCAUGUGCGCUAUUGGAAGUGCGUUCGAGGCUAGGUACCACCCUACCUUUAUCACUUUUCCCAAGUCAUUGUCCGAGUUCUUCGCGGACAGAGCGAAGGCGCUUCUGGAGAUCGAAUUGGAUUCUCCAUGUGUUGCGACGGUUCAGGCGCUCGUGAUACUGAGCUGCCAUGAAGGGUCUUCCAAUCGAGAUGCGCGGGGUUGGCUAUAUAGUGGCAUGUCUAUGAGACUUGCAUUUGAUCUGGGCUUGCACCUCGACAUGACUCCAUAUGUGGAGAAAGGCGACAUCAGUGCAUUCGAAGCAGAUGUUCGCCGGAUCGCGUUCUGGGGCAGUUAUGUCGCAGAUCACUUCUGGGGCUUCUAUCUGGGACGGCCCUUCCGAAUGAAUGCAGGAGAUAUCACCGUUCCCAAGCCUGCGUCGGACUUGGGCUCCGGAAAGGAAGGCAUCUGGUAUCCAUACGGGCUUCCGGUUAAAUCAGAUUUACUGAAAAACGGGUUGAGAAAUCCUCAUGAAUUGAUAAGCCGUCAAUUCGCUAUCCUUUGGGAGAUAAUCUCCCCUGUCGGCCACAUCCUGUAUGGAUGUUCUGAUAUUCCCCGACAUGAUCUUCAAAGGUUGUGUCACCGAGUGACGGACGAUCUGUUUGCGUGGAAAGCGAAUCUACCUUCCAAUCUAAACAUUGACCUCGAAAACGACAACAUUCCAAAGCUACCCCACCUCUUGAUGCUACACAUGCAAUAUCAUCAGAUCGUCAUCUUCACCCACCGACCCUGGGUCUCCAAGAGCUACAUUCAGCCGCGUAGUCCGCGCCAGGGUCCCGGAUACCACCAUGCUCGCAGGAUGUGCAUCGAGUCGUCAAUGGCUAUUGCGCGACUGCUUCACAUCUACGAAAAGUUUUACACCUUCCGUCGCAUGAACAACCAAGUUGUAGCCAUCAUCUUCAGCGCGGCUCUGAUGUUGCUCUAUGUUACUCUCUCGAACUCCCCUCGCCCAAGUAGCAGCGGUAGCGACUCUAGCAACAGCAACGCCGAGAUGGUCGCAUACCUCAAUCUCUGCUUUCGCGCUUUGGAUGAACUGGGUCAGUCGUUUGAAAACGCCAAGCGGACGAGGGACUUCCUCGUCAGCCUGCAGCGGAGGUGGCAAGCCCGCAUGCGCAGGUCUGGCUCCGCCGUGAAGCGGCAGAUCAGCAACCGACCAUCCAUGCAACAUCUCGGUGAAGGCAAGCCGGAGUCGGAUCCAUCUCGGAAGAAAUCUCGCGUCACGGCUCCUCAAAGCCAGCCUACCUAUCCCUUUUCGAUGUCCACAACUUCACCGCCCAUCGCAGGCGUACCUCCCAGUCAACCUCAACUCCCUUUACAACCUCUUGACCCUACCCAGCAGGCGGGUGCCUGUCAGCCAGGGGACUUUGAUUGGAUCCGCAGCUCUGAUCUGCAAUUGCUGUCGGGAACCUUUGACGACGGUGCCAUGUCUAGCGUUGGCAAUGUGCAGCAGUAUGGCGAGGAUCCAACGUUACCCAGUCUUUCGGAUAUCGAACCGUGGUGGGAUUCACCGGGCGAGAAUGGCUUCGGGGGUUCCUCUCUAUAG